ACCAAAAGAAGUACUUAGCCAUUGAAAUAGCUUCUUGCAUGAUUCCAUUUUCAUUUGAUUCAAUUUCUUAUUACAAAAAAAUCUUCAACUUUUUCGCAAUCAUCCAAACUGAAUUUACAGAACAGGAGAGGUUGCGAAAGAAAAUCUGUUCUUCCAUUCCAACUGAAAAUACUGAAAGGAUAUGGGAUUGGUUGUAUUUAUCCAAAGAUUCCUUCUUUUAUGACCUAAAACCUGUACCAGAGGAUAUAGACAAAGUUAUUAUAAUGUGA